UCACGUGGUGGUUCUACGACUUGUAAACAAGCAUCGGCAAACUCCACAAAAAGUGGUUCCUGCAUGGCCAUUUGCAUAACCUUCUCUGCUUCUUUCGAAUUGUUAAUAGUGACCAGCAAAUCCCUCAAAUGUGGAUUAGAAAGCAAAUUUUUCAAAUUUUCGUCCCCAUCUGAAAUACGUAACCUUAGCCACAGCCCAGAGGGCGCUUCGAAACGUCAAACACCCAAAUCAAUCAACUCACUCAACAACAUCAAUUUUUCCAAAGGCACUGUAUCUGCCGAUGUGUACCUGGGCUUCGACUGGUUAAUUUCAACCUGUGGAUGUGUUUUUCCUUCAUUCUUCACCCAAACAUCACACUUGUUCUCCCUGUGUUUCCUACAACAUUGCACGGAACAACUGGAAAAAGCUGUUGACGAAUUACUCCUCGGUGAUGGCUUCUCGAUAGUUGAUAGUACGAAAGGGGACGCUCCUGAAUCCGAUUCCAAAAAGAGAUCUUCAAAGGACAAGGAGAAAGAAAAGGAGAAGAAACCCGAAGUGAAGAAAGAAAAGUCCGAGGAGAAGCCGAAGGAAGUAAAGAAGGAAGAACCUCCGAAAGAUGACACCAAAGUCAACGGACAUGACACUAAGAGUGACGCUCUUCUUAUCACCACGGAGGAAGAUCUGGAUAUGACCGAGAAAGACAAGAAGAGCGAAGCUGACACCAAAGAAGAAGAUUCCAAAUCGAAGAAAGAUUCCGAAAGUAAAGAAAAAGAAAAACCGGUUGAUAAAAAAAAACAAGGAGACUUGUGGGUCUCUAAUAUCACUCGACAUGUCAAAGCGACCGAUUUGAAGAAACACUUCUCGCGCCAUGGUAAAGUCCUAACUGCCAAAAUCGUAACCAAUGGCAAGUCGUUCUUUGGUUACAUCCUCAUGGAAACUUCCGAUAUUGCCAACAAGUGUGUGAGGAGUCUCCACGGUUCGUCUUUAGACGGUCGCAAGAUCACAGUGAGCCGACAAAGACCCGAUCAAAGGCGUCCCAUGACCGAUCGCAAACCCACAGUCAAAGCAACCAAAACUGACCGAAAACCCGAAAAAAAGUCUGACGAUAAGAAAUCCGAAAAAUCUGAAAAGCCAGACAAAAAAGACGACGCUCUUGCCGCAGCCAAACGUACCGAAGACCGUCUUCGGCGCGAAAUCGACUUCCACAAACGCGAAGUUGUGAGACUAAAGAGGUACCUUACUGACGAGCAACGCCGCCUUCGAAUCGAGCAACAGAAGAAUCGUUCCCUCGGUCGAGAGUUACAAGAGGCCGAGUCCAAACUGCGUGAAGAACGAAGAAAAAUGGACCGUGAACGCGAAAUGUUCGAGAAGAAUCAACGCACCGAUCGGGUAAAGCUCGAAAAUGACCGAUCAAUGAUCAAGAAAGAGUUGGAAGAAGUGAAGAAGCUUCGCGAGUAUCUCAAACGCAAGUUAGAAGAAGAGGCCCGUCCGGUGGAGCGCCGCCCUCGGGCCUCCUCCCCAUAUGCUUACUCCUCGAAGAGGUUCCGCGAGUCGUCUGGAGGCGACAAGAAUUCCAAGUACGUGGAGGAGCGUACACGGACCCCACCUUCGCCCCCGAAGCUCUCCUCCAGGUCGAAACGCUCUCCGGUCAAUUCCUUCGUGGAGAAAGAGCGAAGACCUCAUCAUUACAGCAUGUCCGAAAGGGAGGAAGUUCGCUCAUUGGUGAUCCCCGCCAAGCCGUCCGCACCGGCAGCCCCCCGGAACAUCUGGCCGUCGUUUCAUCAGGAGGUGUGGAGGGUGCCCCCGGGGACGGCGACAAGUUCGCCGUUUUCAGGGCAGUCAUAUACAAGGCAGUCCGAAUACAGUAGCUCCUCGACUAAAGGGCCGAGUUAUUCCUCCACGCAGAGGGAGUUUAGCAAACGCGAUCAUUAUACAAGCAGUUCAGUUAGGAAGUAUUAAUUGUAUUGAUUUAGUUGUAGUGUUGCGUUUUUUGGAAAUAAAGACGUAGAUUAGCAGAGAAAAUUUUUAAUAAAGUAUCGUCGUAACCUUAUUUGAAGAAGUCGUUUCGUGUAAUUUGCCAAGUGCGAAAUUUAAUUUUGCGAAGCGGAACUUUCAUCUCAUCUCUGGAUAAAAUGAGCAAUAUAUUCCGACAUUACUUAUUUUAUUAGAUUAAAAUCUACCAGAACAAACUAGGAUACGAAUUACCAAACUAAUGGCGAAAUUAUUGUGCAGACCUUUCACUUAUCUCGAUUUACAUUUUUAACAGGGAUUUUGCAACGGGUGAGGGUAAGUCGACUGAUUCCCGGUUAUACAUUCUCUAGCCCGAAUAAAUAUAAUUUUACUUCUCUC